AUGGCACACCCUUCUCCUUCCGGCGGCGUUCACAGCGUCCAGGCGAUUUACACAAACAUCAUUGAGACGAGAGGCCAGGUCGUCUGGGAGAACCUCAGCUAUUUUCUCCAGCUGGAUGUCAAGCAAUGGACGUUUGCGUUGAUCUCUCUGUGGCUCGCCUACGCGGUUGCAAAAGGCAUUUACAACCUCUACUUCCACCCGCUCGCCGGGUUCCCAGGGCCGUUUUGGGCCCGCGCAUCGCUGUUCUGGCGCUUCUGGCAUACGAUGCGCGGCCGUUCGCAUCGUGUGAUUGAGCAACAACACCGGAAAUACGGCCCCGUCUUCCGCGUCUCCCCCAACGAACUGUCCUUUGCCUCGGUCGACUCGUGGAAAGCCAUCUACGGCUUCCCGCCGCCGGGCCAACCGCAGCUGAUCAAGGGCGAGUUCUACGACGUGUACGGCUCGGCGUACAAGACGGGAUGCAUCGGCUCGGAGCGGGAUCCCAAGCUGCAUGCGCAAAAGAAGAAGAAUCUCACGGCCGGGUUUUCGACGAAAGCGCUUGCCCUGCAGGAGCCUAUUGUUCAGAAAUGCUGGGACCAGUUCGUCGCAAAGGUCGGACCGCUCAGCCGCCAGACUGAGCAGGGGAUUAAUAUUGUCAAGUGGCUGGAGAUGGUCACGUUUGAUAUUCUGGGGGAGAUGGCUUUUGGUGAGGGGUUUGAGUGCGUCGAGAAGGAGAAACACCAUUUUUGGAUCGAUCUUAUUCUUGAUCACCUGCUGGAGGUUACUCUGGUGGACAACCUCCGAAGAUUCGGGUUUCUGGCGACUCUGGGCAGGAUCGUGCUCCCGUCGCUCACUGUCAAGAUGCGUGAGAAGCACUCUGGCUUCAGCAGGGCGAAAGUGCAGAAGCGUCUCGAAGCAACCAACACGCGGCAGGACUUCCUCACCAAUGUGGUCGGAAAGGUCAAGAGCGGCGAGGUGGACCAGGAGGAGCUGACGGCGCAUGCCUCGACCUUCAUCAUCGCCGGCGGGGAAACGACAGCAACCUGCCUCGCAGCCGCCGUCUACUACCUCCUGAAGGAACCUCACACACUGGAAAAGCUCCAGAAAGAAAUCCGCGGCGCCUACACCUCGUAUGACCAGAUCGACGCAGCCUCCGCACUGCAGCUGCCCUACCUCCAGGCCGUCCUCAACGAGGCCCUCCGCAUCCAUCCGCCCGGGUCGCAGGGGUUCCCGCGCGUCUCGCCGGGGGUGGUGAUUGAUGGGCAUUACGUCCCGCCAGGGGUCGAAGUCUACACCAGCGCCUGGACCGUGACGCACGACCCGCGGUACUUCCACGACCCGGAGACGUUCAAGCCUGAGCGCUGGAUCGAUCCGGAGUGUACGGAUGUUAAAGAGGCGAGCCAGCCGUUUUCGUUGGGGUAUAGAGCCUGCAUUGGGCGCAAUUUUGCCUUUGUGGAGAUGGUGUCGUGCAUGGCCAAGAUGGUGUUUGCCUACGACUGGGAGCUGGUCAACAAGGACUUGAACUGGGAGGCCGAGUCGCGGUGUCAUGUUAUGUGGUGGAAGGCGCCGGUUUAUGUGAGGUUUUUUGAGAGGGAGGGGGUGGAGGUUAAGGUCUGA